AUGAGUACAAAGAGACGAUUUUUUAAAGAUGAACUAGAAUCCUCUUUAGAAACAACAACAUCAUUUAAUACAUCUUUUGAUAAUUCUAAAUCUUUCCUAUUCAAUCCAGUACAAGAACAAACAGAAUUGAACAAUGUCAAAGCUUCUCAGAAAUUAACAACAGACCCCAAAUUGAGUCUCGACGAACAUAACAUACAAAAUGAUGCUGAUGACGAUAAUGAUGAUAAUGAAAUUGAAAUAAUCGAAGAGAAACAAUUAUCUCCAAUAGAAAUAUUUACUCAUUCUAUUCUAGAAGUUAUUCCAAAUAUUAAAGUAAGUAUAAUAUCUGAGUUAUUUGAUAUAUUUAAAGAUAGCGGUAAUGAUGAUUUAUUACAAAAAGCACUUUCAUAUUAUUUUGAACAUUAUCAAACAUCUAGUCCCAAUAAAAGUAAAAUAUUGCAUAAUAUACCCUCAAGUCCCUUGCAGGUAUCCUCAUUUAAAAGAAAGCAGCUUGUGCUUCAAGAAACUAACAAAAGAUUAAAAAUUUCUUUUUCUUGGAAAAGAUUUAUUGGUUCCUUACAAGUGACUGCAAUGGCCACACGACCUACCACGAAACAACUGAAAUAUGGAACCGUCUUAAAAUUGGUUAAACAAAAUUCAGGAAUCACCACAUCGAAACUGUAUGAUAAUAAAGGAAGACAAAAAAAGAUGAUGUCAAGUUAUGUCAAAAUUUAUGAUCCUCAAUUGAAUCGUGAAAUCGGUAAAGUUCCAGAAGACGUUGCAAGAAUAUUAUAUCCGUUGUUAGAAACUAACGAAGUCAUAUUUGAAGCGAUUUUAGUAUUCUGUGACAGUAAAAGAUUAAGUAUUGGUGAUAACUUUGUUUUUGAACUUGAUUGUUACUUGACAUCUAACUUAUUUGAAAAUGAAAGUGAGUUCACCCACACACAAAGUUCCCAGAAUAUAACUACAAGCUGUGAUAAUGAUGAUUUAACCUAUAAUUUUAAUUUUCACAGCAACAACUAUAGAAAAUUAUUGAACCAAAAUUUUAAAUCCAGUACUCCUGAUAAAGAAGAACAUGUUGAAAGUAAAUCUAGAAGAAUAGCAUUGAUUACAUUAUUCAAAAAAUUAAGAUUAAAUCCAUUAACUAACCAUGAAGAAGAACUGAUCAAAUCACGAGAUAAUAAUAAUACUGUUAAAGACGGUAAAAGCGACGAUGAAAUUAUUGAUUUAGAAGAUGAGAUGAGUUUUGAAGAGUUUACAUCACAAACAUAUGAGAAUCAGGAAGCUAACCCUUCGGGAUAUGAGUCUGAAGAAACAAUGAGUUUGAACCAAUUGCAACGGUUCUAUAAUUCAGCACAAUCAUAUGAGCUUUUAAAAAAUUUACCUGAAACAGAACCACCUUCAGGUUUGCUUAAAUUGGCAUUAAGGCCAUAUCAAAAGCAAGGUUUAACGUGGAUGUUACGAAGGGAGCAAGAAUAUAAUAAAGCAGCCGCUUUGGAUGACUUGGAGGUAGAUAAUAAUAUGAUGAAUCCAUUGUGGAAGCAAUUUAAAUGGCCAAAGGAUAGAUCAUGGGCAGUUAAUAGAAUGAAAGAAAAAUCAAAUGAUAAUCCUAAUUCAGAACUGUUUUUCUAUGCGAAUCUGCAUACUGGUGACUUUUCCUUGGAAAAGCCCAUAUUAAAAACAAUGAUAAAAGGUGGCAUCUUAUCUGAUGAAAUGGGUCUAGGUAAAACAAUAUCUGCAUUAUCGUUAGUACUGAUGUGUCCUCAUGAUUCAAAGAUGGAGGAAAAUGAGUUAUUCAUUGCAGACAUUAAUAACAGAGAGAGCGCUGAUGUUAAUAAAGUCGAACUAAAAAAACCAUACGCUUCAAAAACUACAUUGAUUGUGGUUCCAAUGUCAUUGCUUAAUCAAUGGCAUUCAGAGUUUGAGUCCAUCAAUAAUAAUCCUAAUUUAAGAGCAGAUAUAUAUUAUGGCGGAAAUGUUAGUAGCCUGAAAAAGUUACUAACAAAGACAAAUAAUCCACCAACCGUGAUACUUACAACAUAUGGAAUAGUUCAAAAUGAAUGGAGCAAAUUAUUUAGAGAAAAUAGAAACACCAAUGAAGCCAUUUUGUCAUCGAAUGGGCUGUUUUCUUUAGAGUUUUAUAGAAUAAUCAUUGAUGAAGGUCAUACAAUUAGAAACAGGAGCACGAUAACAUCAAAGGCAGUCAUGGAUCUUUCUAGUAAAUGUAAAUGGGUUUUAACAGGUACACCUAUUAUUAAUCGUUUAGAUGAUUUAUUUAGUAUGGUGAAAUUUUUGAAGUUGGAACCGUGGUGUAAUGUAAAUUAUUGGAAGACCUUUGUCUCAAACCCCUUUGAAGAGAAAGAAUUCAAGCAAGCCUUUGAUGUUGUCAAUUCAAUUAUGGAGCCAGUGUUAUUACGAAGAACUAAACAAAUGAAAGAUGCUAAUGGAGAAUUAUUAGUUAAACUGCCACCAAAGGAGAUUAUCAUUAAAAAAUUAAAAUUGAAUAAAACCCAAAAGACUGUAUAUAAUUAUUUUUUGGAUAUUGCAGAAAAUUCUGUUAAAACAGGGUUAGCUCGUGGCGACUUAUUGAAAAAAUAUUCUACAAUUUUGGUUCAUAUUUUAAGGUUAAGGCAAAUAUGUUGUGAUGUUGAGUUAUUAGGUACAUUGGAUGAUAAUGACGAUGAUAUUUCGAAAAAUACACAACUAUUAACACCUAAUAAUGAAAUAAAACGUUUUCUGCAUAACACUCAAAAGAAUGUAGAAAAUGAAUCAGAGAAAGCAAAUAAAGGAUUGAUAGUUGCCAAGUUGAAAGAGAGAUAUUCAAAUAUUAAGUCAUUAGUAGAAAAAGAAUGUUCCAUAUGUACAAAUGAAGAUGUUGAUGUAUCAAAAAUAUUGUUAACUGAAUGUGGACAUCCAUUUUGUGAAAAUUGUCUUUUAGAAUAUAUCAAUUAUCAACAAGAGAAGAAGAAUGAAUUAAGAUGUCCAAUAUGUCGUUUUAGUAUAUCACAGAAGUCAAUGUUUAAGCCCAGUUAUAAUGAACAUUCUGAUACUUUAGAUUUCAUAUCUUAUGAUACCGAAAAUAAACCAGCCAAACUAGCCGCACUUAUUGAGAAUUUACAACAGUUACAAGAUUCAUCAUCUGGGGAACAAGUGAUUGUUUUUUCCCAAUUUUCUUCUUACCUUGAUAUUUUAGAAAGACAAUUGAAAGAAGUGUUUCCAAUCGAUAAAGCCAAAAUUUAUAAAUUUGAUGGAAGAUUGUCUUUAAAAGAGAGAAACGACAUAUUGAAGGAAUUUCGAGAAAAAGAUCUUAGUAGGCAAAAGAUACUUCUAUUAUCCUUAAAAGCCGGGGGAGUUGGAUUAAAUUUAACAUGUGCAUCAUAUGCAUUUAUGAUGGAUCCCUGGUGGUCACCUAGUAUGGAGGAUCAGGCUAUUGAUAGAAUUCAUCGUAUAGGGCAAAUAAAUAAUGUAAAAGUCUUGAGAUUUAUCAUUGAAGAUAGCAUUGAAGAAAAAAUGCUUCGAAUUCAGGAUCAAAAAAGAAGUAUUGGAGAGGUUAUAGACACAGAUCAAGAAGAAAGAAGAAAGAGAAGAAUUGAAGAAAUUAAAAGUUUGUUUGAGUAA